AUGGUUCAGAUCAACUUUAAAGAUUUCAAAAAACAAGUUUUGGCUUUAGACUUGGAACCAAGCGUUACAAUCGGCGCUGCCAAGCAAAAACUAGCCGAAAACAAAGAUUGUGAAGACUCUCAAAUCAAGCUGAUCUAUUCAGGGAAAAUAUUGCAAGAUGAUCGCACCAUCGAAGACUACAAGCUAAAAGAUGGUGACCAGGUGAUAUUCAUGGUCUCCAAAAAGAAGUCUGCUGCCACCAAGACAACUUUACCACCCAUGGAACAUAGAGAAGCUGCGCCAGUAGUUCCACAAGCAACUGGUACUACUUCUGACACUACUGCGGAAAGCUCACAACAAGCUGGUUCAGCUGCUGGUAAUGGUGAAGCCUCUGGAAGUACAGCAGCGCUCGCGGGCACCGAGGCAUCGGGUAAUAAUGAUACAGGUUUUGUAACUGGAACUCACCGUAAUGAAACCAUUCAAAGGAUCAUGGAGAUGGGCUACGACCGCGAACAAGUGGAAAGGGCGCUCAGAGCUGCAUUCAACAAUCCCGAUAGAGCUGUCGAAUACCUUCUUAUGGGUAUCCCAGAACAUUUGCAACAGCAACCUCAAGCUCAACCACAAUCACAAUCACAGGUUCAGGAAGAACAACCGUCUCAGGAUGAUACACAGGCUCAACAUCAGGGUCAAGAACAAGCAGGAGAGGAACAAGAACAGGAGCAGCAACCCUCCGCAGACGACUUGUUUGCUCAGGCAGCUGCGUCUACUGGUAACGAAGACGCGGGUGAAGGUGCUCGUGCUCCAGGAACUAUCGGACUAACCAUGGAAGAUCUUAUGUCCCUCAGACAAGUAGUAACAGGGAAUCCUGAGGCUCUCGCCCCGCUGCUAGAGAGUUUAAGUACCCGAUACCCAGAACUUCGCGAGCAGAUAAUGAGCAACCCUGAAAUGUUCAUUAGUAUGCUUUUGGAAGCCGUAGGAGGCUCACUUCAAGAAGGUGAUGUAAAUCUAGAAGGUGGCUUGGAAGGAGCUAUGGCAGAAGGAGCUAUGGAAGAAGGUCAAGCAGCCCCUACUAUCUCUUUAACCCCCCAGGACGAAGCUGCUAUAACUAGGUUGUGCGAACUUGGAUUUGAAAGAACUCUUGCGAUUCAAGUAUACUUUGCAUGCGACAAGAACGAGGAAAUCGCCGCCAAUAUGCUCUUUAGCGAGUAUGCCGACUAG